UGGUCCAACCCAUCAGUAAUUAUAUUGGACAUGUUUAGCCUUUCAUUCUCUCCUUCUUCCUUCUCUAUCACGUUAAUUUAUACCUAACAUUAGAUCAUGUUUAUAUAUUUAUAUCAUCUUUGAUCUUACAACUGAGGGUGCUCAUUAUACUAUAUUUAGUUAUAGUAAUUAUAUUUAGUUUGAAUAGAAUUAUCUCUCUUAGUAAAGGUUAGUUUCUAAAGAAAAAAAAUAUUAUACCAUCUUUAUAUAUUUUUUCUAAACAGAGACAGUUGCUAUUAUAAACAGUGUGUGACUCUAUAUUGGUCUCAGUACUUCGAUUCAGAAGUUAACAUUCCUAGUCCUGCACAGGGAGUGUGAAGAGUUGAAAGCAGAAUAAUGAAGGUUGGUUUCUUUCUGGUUUUUAUGGUUAUCUGUGUGAUGGUAGAAUGGGGGAUGUUGUCACCCCAAGUAGGAGCUGAGGAUGAUGGGUUUGUGAAAGUAAGAGGGGUGCAGCUUCUGUUGAAUGGGAGCCCCUACUAUGCCAAUGGCUAUAAUGCAUAUUGGUUAAUGUAUAUGGCCUCUGAUCCAUCUCAGAGAAACAAGGUUUCAUCUUCUUUUCAAGAGGCAACAAACCAUGGACUUAACAUAGCAAGGACAUGGGCUUUCAGUGAUGGUGGAUAUAAGCCUCUCCAAUACUCUCCUGGAUCCUACAAUGAAGACAUGUUCCUGGGGCUGGACUUCGUAAUAUCUGAAGCCAGACGAUAUGGGACCAAGCUGGUGUUGAGUUUGGUGAAUAACUAUGAUAACUUUGGAGGAAAGAAACAAUAUGUGGACUGGGCAAGGAGCCAGGGCCAGUCCAUUAUUUCUGAAGAUGAUUUUUUCACAAACCCUCUAGUGAAACAAUACUACAAAAACCACAUCAAGAGUGUUCUAACGAGACGUAAUAACUUCACUGGAGUGGUUUACAAAGAUGAUCCAACUAUAAUGGCUUGGGAACUCAUGAACGAAAUUAGAUGCCCUUCAGAUCAAUCAGGAAACACCGUUCAGGCUUGGAUUACUGAGAUGGCAUCUUAUUUGAAAUCCAUUGAUGGAAACCAUUUACUAGAAGCUGGUCUUGAAGGCUUCUAUGGGCAGUCCAAGCAAGAGUAUAAUCCAAGCUUCCGAGUAGGAACAGAUUUCAUUGCAAACAACCAAAUCCCUGGCAUUGAUUUUGCAACAGUUCAUUCCUACCCUGAUCAAUGGCUACCUGGUUCAAGUUAUGAAGAACAAAUCUUAUUUUUGGACCGUUGGCUCAAUGAUCACAUACAAGAUGCAAAGAACACCAUUCAGAAACCAGUUCUCUUUUCGGAGUUUGGGGUAUCAACAACAAAUAUCAGCACUAACGACUCAACACUAAGGGACCAAUUUUUCAACAUGGUCUAUUCUGCAAUCUAUUCAUCAGCAAGUGAUGGCGGGGCAGCUGUUGGAGGCUUAUUUUGGCAACUUCUAGGACAAGGAAUGGAUUCCUUUCGAGAUGGCUAUGAAGUAUCCUUAGAUGAGAGUUCCUCAACUGCUACUUUGAUUGCCCAAGAGUCUCAAAAGCUAAACAGAAUCCGGAUGAAGAUUUUCCCUAGAGUGAAAAAUUCUAAGAAGUGGAAUAAAGCAAGGGAUGUUAGAAGCUCAAGAUGGAAGGGUGGUGCUAAUAAAAGAAACUAAACAAGUCUUGAGGACUUUGUAACAUUACUUGUGAAUGGAGAUAUCUUUCCAAUGUGGUUACCCUCCACAAGAUGGGUUAUAACUUUUAGUAAUCCAAGAGGACACAAAAGUAUAUGUCCGUAGCCUUGUAUUAUGUUGAGUUAUUAAUGAAAUGCCUUCUAAACUUGGACAUCUAA